AUGGUCUAUGAGACCCCACUGGAAUGCUAUGCUUCGCCAAACCAGCUCCGACCUGUCGAUCCAUUCUCUCCACCUCCUACAAACGGCGUCUACUGCGCAGGAUGGUUUUGGGAUCUACUUCAACUAGAAUGCCAGAGAGCGUCUCCUCUGCUAGACGGUGUAAGCCGCUUUCUUGCGCAGCGUUGGGACCCGCUCCCGAGCCGGGCUCUUGCUGGCAGGCAGCACCCAUCGGAGCAGUCAAUGUUGAUCCCAGCUGGCCCGCACGCUUAGACCCUGUAA